CCGGAAAACACGAGACUAAAGAGAGGCAUGAUGUGGAGAUCGUGGAACACUGUGACUGCAAUUCCUUAUAGUGUAUUGUCAGGUCUGGGUAUCCCGACGGAGCUGUCAGCAGCCUCGCUGGCGGACAUCCUCAGAGCUGGCACAUUGAAUGGGGACGUUGAUCUGGAAGCCAAAGCUUAUGCCAUGGACCUUGACUGCUUCUAUAGAGAUGACUUCCAGAAGGAGGACAUAGAGGACUGGGUUGGCCGUGAGCGCACAGACGAGGACCCCUUGGGUUCCCCUGGAAAUCAGUCUGAAGAGGCAGCAGAAGCAGAACAGCUGCGGCUACAGGCCGAUGCAGACGCAGAUGCCCAGGCUCGCCGCAAGGAAGCCCAGGAUCUGCUGCAGCGGCAUGAAGCCAACAGCAUCGACAGACUCAAGUACUGGCAUUUUGAACCGAACGGCGACGAGGCAACACCGGAAGAGAAGCACAAGGAGUUCCUCUCCAAACUCGUGACGCGGUUGUUGUAUGCUUGCAACUACSAACGGUCAGAGUUGGAGAGACAGUACCGGGACCUGACGCAACARCAUCAKRAGUUGGCRACGCUCCGCCGCACMGUGYARGGCCACGAGGAUGCAACUCGGGCACUSAAUGCCCGAUUGUUGGACCUGGAACAGGCUGUACCAGGACCACCUGCUGGGGCUUCCAGCAGUGCACCCUCUAGCCGCCAACUGGAGGACCGCGUUGACCACGUAGUGGCAAUGCUCGGCGACAUCAGCACUUUCGCUGCGCCUACCACCACCAUCAACAGUCAGCUGCAUACAUUGAAGACCGACGUCCAGCAGCUGGAGACGACGAACACAAAUGGCAAUCCGAAGAUGUAUAAGAUGCCAACGUUCACUCUGGAGAAGUUCGACGACUACACGCAGCAGGAUCCGGUCCUCUGGUGGGAAGCAUUCACAACGCAACUGAGGAUUCUGCCCGUAGACAAGCAUGCGUACAUCGGCGCCCUUUUCCUGAACUCAAAGGGCGGAUGCCAGACCUCGUUGACCCACCUGGCAACCUCCCACGGCGUCGACGUACCAGACUUGAAGGACGUAAUCACAUGGGAGGAACUGACACGACUGUGGAAGAAGCGGUUUAUCGUCGACGACGCGCCGACACUCGCCAUCAAUCGACUGUUCACCAUGUCACAGGGCAACACAGCAACACGGGACUGGCUCACGGAGUGGCAGAAGAUUGCGGUUGUGCCCAAUCUGAACCUACCAUUCGAGCAUCUACGCCAUGAGUUCUACAACAGGUCCUGUGCUGCAUUGAGCCAGGCUCUUGGUGAUCGCGAGCAGUACUCAACCUUCGCGGAGAUUAUUGACAAAGCGAGGGAGACCAUCAAGACCAACAGCGAGGAAGAGUUAAGUGUGCUUCGGGCGCAACUCGACGACCUUCUAGAGAAAGGCUGGAUUCGGCCUAGCUCAUCGCCAUACGAUGCGCCUAUUCUCUUCGUCCGGAAGAAGAACAAGGACCUGCGGUUGUGCAUCGAUUAUCGCAAGCUCAACGCGCAGACGAUCAGGAACGCCGGCCCUCUCCCACGCAUCGACGACCUUCUCGAGCGAUUGGGCGGCGCCCAGUUCUUCUCCAAGCUGGAUCUAAAGUCAGGGUACCACCAACUCGAGAUUUGCAAGGAGGACCGCUACAAGACCGCGUUUAAGACGCGAUAUGGGCAUUUCAAAUUGUUGGUCAUGCCAUUCGGCCUUACGAAUGCCCCGGCCACUUUCCAAGCGGCUAUGACAACGGAGUUCCGACACAUGCUGGAUCGAUACGUGCUUAUCUAUCUUGACGACAUCCUGGUGUACAACCGGAGUUUGGAGGAGCAUGUGGAACACCUGCGCACCGAGCUGGAGUACGUUGGCCAUUAUGUGACGCCGCAAGGCAUCCGCCCACUCGGGGACAAGAUCGAGGCCCUUCGAGUAUGGCCCGAGCCCACCAACACCACGGACGUUCGUUCAUUCAUGGGAUUGGCGGGCUACUAUCAGCGAUUCAUCACCGGAUACUCCAGGAUUGCUGCACCUAUGACGAGGUUACAGUCGCCAAAGGUGUCAUUCGUAUUCGAUGACGACGCACGCCGGUCAUUCCAAGCACUUAAGACGACCAUGCUUAUGGCACCCAUCCUCAGCAUCUAUGACCCCACCUUGCCGGCGAGAGUGACUACGGACGCUUCCGGCUAUGGCAUUGGGGCAGUCUUGGCACAGCACGACGGAGACGACUGGCACCCCGUGGAGUAUUUCAGCCACAAAGUGCCUCCCAUCAACUCGCUUGAUGAUGCAAGGAAGGAGCUACUCGCGUUCGUCAUGGCUCUCAAGCGAUGGCGGUGCUUCCUCCUUGGGCGUCGUAGGUUCACAUGGGUUACAGACAACAAUCCAUUGACCUACUACAAGACGCAGGAUACGGUGAGCAGCAUGAUCGGACGAUGGAUGUACUUCAUCGACCAGUUUGACUUCACACUGAAACAUCUACCCGGCCUCUCAAAUCGCGCAGCAGAUGCACUCUUGCGAAGACCAGAUCUUUGCGCUAUGACACAUCAUGCCUUCGCAUUCGACGAGGAGCUUCAACGACACUUCAUCCGAGCAUAUCAGUCUGAUUCGGACUUCGGCACGCUCUAUGCACAACUAUCUUCGGAUCACCCGCCGACCAGCCAUUACCGCAUUGCCGACGGGUACUUGCUCCUCCACUCGAGAGGCAAGGACUUACUAUGUGUCCCACGCGACCGUCGUCUUCGGACUCGCCUCCUCGGCGAGUAUCAUGAUUCACGACUCGCCGGCCAUUUCGGAGAGCGACUGAUGAGCGUUCCCUAUGGUGAGGGAAAGGAGGCUGAACAUUUUAGGUUCUCGUUGUUCCUAGUCUUGUGCAAUCGUUUGCUUACUUCUGCAGCGGCGAUCAUCUUUCUCGUUGUACAAAGAAAGGAAAUGGCUCCUGUCGCACCAAUUCACAAGUAUGGUGCUGUUUCACUCUCAAACGUGAUUGCUACGACUUGUCAAUAUGAGGUCUUGAAUUAUGCAUGAAAUGAGAAAAGGGGAAAAAAAAGGAGCAAAGAAAAGAAAAUCAGUUUUUGUAACUUUUGGGUUUCCUUAAAGAGAAUGGGGUUGUCGAGUUGUUCAAGUUUUUCUUUGUUGUAGUUUACUUGCUGUUGAGGUGUUCAAGGCACCCGGCCCUAAUAAAAUUACUUUUUCACG